AUGGAUUCAUCGAACGCUCCUAAUACCGCCAACGGAACAGUCCCGGGCACCAAGACCCGAUAUGGCAAGCCACUGCCUCCUUCAUGGGUCCCCCUCUACCAAAAACCCCUAGGCACGCCCACGCGUCGCCUCCAAGUCGUCACCAUCGGCGCCGCUGUGGCCGGAAUGGGAUUCGCUUACAAGAUACAACACGAGCACAAGAUGACUGCGGAAGGGAUCGAUGGGAGGGAGGAGCCACUGGUGGAGCAUACGAUCUACGAAGCGAACGAGGAUAUUGGUGGCACGUGGCUUGUUAACACUUAUCCGGGGGUGGCGUGUGACAUCCCGGCACACUUGUACGCCUUCCCUUUCGAGCCCAAUCCUAAUUGGAGCUCGUUUUACGCCAGCGGCGCAGAGGUUCUGGCUUAUUUCAAGCGGACGGUGGCCAAAUACAGUCUCGACCGGGAUGUGAAGCUGAACCACAGGGUCGAGCAUGCCAGAUUCGACGAGGCAGAUGGGAGGUGGCAUCUCAGAGUCCGGCGUGUGGACACGGACGAGAUGGUCGUCGACACGUGCGACGUCCUCGUCUCCGCCACGGGCUUCCUCUCGCACUGGCGCUGGCCUUCAAUACCGGGCCUGCACGAUUUCCAAGGCCACCUCGCGCACAGCGCGGGGUGGGACUCACAGGGCGAGUAUGACUAUAACGGAAAGAGCAUCGGUAUCAUAGGGAACGGCAGCUCCGCGAUACAAAUUCUGCCCCAACUCGCCCCCGGGGCGGCGCAUCUGUUCAGCUUCAUGCGCCACCCGACGUGGAUCACCGCCGGGCUGGGCUCGGCGGCCAUCGACGGCGCCGCGAACUACACCUACACGGACGCCGAGAAGCGGGCGUUCGCGGAAAACCCCGACAGCCUGAAGCAGUACCGGAGGCGCCUGCAGCAGGCGACCAACACGGGCUUCGAGCUGUACGUGAAGGGCAGCCGCGCGCAGGAGGAGGCGUUCGGGGCGACGGCCCAGGCCAUGCGGGAGCGCCUCGGGGGCGACGAUGAGCUCGCAGGCAAGCUGAUCCCGGACUGGGAGGUGGGCUGCCGCCGCGCAACGCCAGGGCCGGGGUACCUGGAGGCGUUCACGAGGGAUAAUGUCUCGCUCGUCACCGACGGCAUCGAGCGCGUCACGGCGUCUGGUAUCCGCACGCACGGUGGGGAGGAGUUUGAUCUGGACGCCAUUGUGUGCGCGACGGGGUUUGACGUGAGCCACCGGCCGCCGUGGCCGCUUAUUGGACGGACGGGUGUCAGCUUGGCUCAGUACUGGGAGGAAGAGCCGUAUUCGUACUUGAGUCUGAUGGCGGCUGGGUUUCCAAACUUCUUCGUGUUUGGUGGGCCCAAUAGUCCAGUGGGACAUGGAAGUUUGAUGAGCCAGUUGCAAUGGAGCGCCGAGUGGAUGUGUAAAUGGGUGAAGAAGAUAGCGUACGAGGAUAUCAAAUUCAUUGAUCCAAAGCCAGAGGCGGUGGAGGAGUUUAACUCUUAUGCUGAUGAGAUUAUGCAGACAUUGGUUUGGUCGGGCGGAUGUAGGUCGUGGUAUAAGAAUCAUCGCGUUGACGGGCGUGUCACGGCUGUCUGGGGUGGAAGCGCGAUUACAUACCACGAGAUGAUAAAAGAGCUGCGGCCCGAAGACUUCGAUAUUGAAUACAGAUCAAGAAACAGGUUCAAGUUCAUGGGGAAUGGAAGGGCUGCUAUGGAGAGUAUGCCUGGGGCCGAUCUGGCAUUCUAUAUUUACAAGUAG